GGCCCCGCCGCCAUGUUGGCCGUGAGGGGAAGCGGCGGCCCGGACCCCGCUAAAAUGGAGGCGCGGAGCCCUCCGGGGGUGUAGGGGCUCCUUCCCCUCCCCAACCCCCUGCCUGGAGCCCAUGGAGCGGCUGUAGGGUCGGUGCUUGAGCAGCUCCUCACUGCCAGGAUGAGCUUCCCAAAUUCCAGCCCAGCUCCAGGAGCCGGGAAUUCCUGCAGGAUCACCCUGGGCCAAGGCAAUCAGGUGGUUCCCAAGCUGCCCCUGCUGAGGAUCCUGCAGGCUGCCGGGGCCCAGGGCGAAUCCUUCACGCUCAAAGAGGUGAUGCAUUUCCUGGGCCAGUACAUCAUGGCCAGGCAGCUCUACGACAAGAGGCAGCAGCACCUGGUGCACUGUGGGGGAGAUCAGCUGGGAGAGCUGCUGGGACUGCAGAGCUUCUCUGUCAAAGACCCCAGCCCCGUGUACGAGAUGCUGAAGAGGAACCUGAGCCCUGCUGCCCUCCCAGAUGCUGCACAGACUCUCCCAAAGGAGCAGAGCGUCGCUAAGCCCAGCCCAGACCAGCUGCAGCUCAGCCAGGAGGAUGGAUCUGACUCUGGGAUCUUGGAGAGUGACAGCAAAACCUCAGCUCCUGCUACCUCAGAGCCCCAAGGUGACACUUGUGAAGACAGUGAUUUGAUAGAAAACCUCUCCAAAAGCAAAAAGCCCAAGCUGGACCUGCUUUUUGAGGAGUGGGACGUGGCUGGGCUGCCGUGGUGGUUUUUAGGGAAUCUCAGAAGCAAUUACAAAUCCAGGAGUAACGGAUCCACGGAUAUCCAGACUAACCAGGACAUUGACACUGCCAUAGUUUCAGACACCACUGAUGACCUGUGGUUCCUCAACGAGUGUCCCCUGGACCAGGGCCCUGCUGGGCUCAAGGUGGAAGUGCUGGACUGUCAGGAGGUCACAGAAGGUGACACCAAGGUGCCUGGGGAUGUGUGCUUGGAUGAGCUGGAGGAUUCCCAGUGCCUGAGUGACGACACGGACACAGAGGCUGCUCCUGAGGAUUGCUGGCAAUGCUCCAAGUGCAGGAAAUUCAACUCUCCAGGAAAAAGGUACUGCUUCCGCUGCUGGGCCCUGCGCAAGGACUGGUACCGGGACUGCCCCAAACUGCCCCAUUCCCUGUCCCUCUCCAACAUCAACUCCAUGGAAAACCAGGAGCAGGAUGAAGGGAUGGACGUCCCAGACUGCAGGAGGACGAUCUCAGCCCCGGUUGGCCAAGCCAAACUCCUUUUCCUUGGAGAAAACAAACCCCAGGUGGAUCCCGGCGGCUCCAUCGACUCCUUGGAUUUGGCACGGGAGGGGAAAAAUGGGGAUUUUGCCAAGGUGAAGAAAGAGGAGGAGAUGGAAUCUUUGGAGAGCAUCAAAACCCUGCUGAAUCCCUGCUUCCUGUGCCAGCACAGGCCUCGGGAUGGGAAUAUUGUCCAUGGAAGGACUGCUCACCUGGUGGCUUGCUUCAGGUGUGCCAGGAUGCUGAAGAAGAAGAGAUCGCCGUGUCCCGUGUGCAGGAAGGAGAUCAAGAUGGUCAUCAGGAUCUUCAUGGGGUAGGGAGCCUUGCUGCCCCUCAAGUGACCCCAAAAUCUGGAAUUUUUGCACUCAAACCUUCGUUACAGCAUGUGCAGGAAGGAGAUCAUGAUGGUCAUCAGGAUCUUCAUAAAAUAACCCCAAAAUCUGGAAUUUUUGCACUCAAAACUUCAUUACAGCAUGUGCAGGAAGGGGAUCACAAUGGUCAUCAGGAUCUUCAUAAAAUAACCCCAAAAUCUGAAUUUUUGCACUCAAACCUUCAUUACAACAUGUGCAGGAAGGAGAUCACGAUGGUCAUCAGGAUCUUCAUAAAAUAACCCCAAAAUCUGAAUUUCUGCACUCAAACCUUCAUUACAGCAUGUGCAGGAAGGAGAUCACAAUGAUCAUCAGGAUCUUCUUAAAAUAACCCCAAAAUCUGGAAUUUUUGCACUCAAAUCCCAGUUUCAGUGUGUGCAGGAAGGAGCUCGUGAUGGUCAUCUAGAUCUUCAUAAAAUAACCCCAAAAUCUGAAUUUUUGCACUCAAACCUUCAUUACAACAUGUGCAGGAAGGAGAUCAUGAUGGUCCUCUAGAUCUUCAUGAAAUAACCCCAAAAUCUGAAUUUUUGCAC